AGAAAAAUGUAGAAUGUAGCAAAUUAUAAUAUAUAGUGGACCAUAAAAUCAUAGCACAUGCAUAACCUUAUAUUAUAUAUUUAUAUGUAUAGUGGGACAUAUUGUAAGAAAAAGAUUCCAAUAUGAUACUAGAGUAGGUAAGGAUCCAAUUAUUCAUAUCUUGUUUCCAAAUUAAACUAAUGAUUUUGUAGGUUAUUUGAGGGCAAUGGAGUUAAUGAUGCUUAGCUAAACAAUAAAUUUUCUAAACACUCUUUCUAAUAAACUAAUAUAUUAAAUAGAAUUGCAGGUUACUUGUAUUAAUCUAAAAUCUUUUUUUUUUUUUUUUGUUAUUCAUGGUGAUUUUUUUGUUUAAGUUAAUGAAGUGUAGAUGUAUGAACCUCUUUUUAUUUUAUUUUUUUUGUUUAAGUUAAUGUAGUGAUAAAUUGUUUUAUAAAGAUACAUGAACUUUAAUUUGAUUUAUAGUCGUCAAUUUCAAGGUAAUUUUGGCGCCCUAAUGAAUUGAUUUGCCCUUGAAAUUAGUGAAAGAUGAAAAGAUGAAAACUUUUAAAAAGAGACUUGAUAAUGGUAAGUUGGUAACCCAAAUAUGUCCCACAAAUAAGUUAAGGUUUUGAACAUGAAUUAUCAUGGAUAUAAGAAUUUAGUACUUUCAAGUAUGUCAUUGAGACUAUAUAAAGGUUAAUAAGUUUAAAGAUUACUCCGUAUUAUGAAUAAAACAGUGAUAAAGCCAUUUAAAGAGACUAACAACUCUUCAACUAACACACAUUUUGCCUUAAGUUCAUGGGCCUAGCUUGGUUUAAACUUCCAAUGAGGAAAGAUGCAAUCAGGCCCAAGCUAGCCGGGCCGAUUCGGCUAGUACAGCAAGUCCGGUUUACAGCUUCUGUUUUACUACUAUCAGGCCACAUGACAACAUGAAUGUUAUGAUGCAUGUAACUAUGUAAGGUGUAACAUACAUUCCUUUAGUAAGCAGCAACAUAGAUUCUCUGAUUUUUCUCUUUAAAAAGCAUUUGCACUUGAUUUCAACUAUGGAUUGUAUGGAAAAGGUUUCAGGAAUCUGUAGGUAGGUUAAUCUAAGAAGACAUACUCUAUUUAGGUAACACAAAAUAUUCUAUGCGGACCAUGUAAGGCAAAAAAAAUUAUGUUACUUAUGGUUAAGAAAUUGUUUAGAUAUUCUAAGAGCGCGAUCCACGAGUUGUUGUAUUAGUUUUAGUCCUAGAAAAUGUCUUCGUCUUUUAAGGUGUUACAAAUUUUAGGGAAAAAAGUUUGGAGGAACAAAGGUGAUGAGAUAGAGGAUGUACAUGAUCCUAAUGAUGAUCAAGCUGUACAACAGUUACGCGAAGCACUGCUUCAAGAGCAGGACAGGCAGGUUAUAGCAGAUAGGAAGCCAUAUGAUUAUCAUACUUUAUUGAGGUUUUUGCAUACAAAAGACUAUGAUAUCUCAAAAGCUAAAGAAUCAUUUCUCAAUCAUCUAAAAUGGAGGGAGGAGUUUGGGGUUGACGCGAUUGCUAAAGAGUUUAAGUUUGAGGAAUACAAAGAUGUUCAUAAGUUUUAUCCUCAUGGUUAUCACGGCGUGGAUAGAAGUGGGAGGCCAGUGUAUAUUGAGAGGAUGGGGAUGUUAGACCUUGAGGGACUUCUUCAGAGAACAACUCUUGAUAGGCUGGUGAAGCAUCAUGUGUAUGAGCAGGAAAAAACAGCGCGAUUGAGGUACCCUGCUUGUACAGUUUCUGCAGGGAAGCGAAUUGGUUCAACCACAGCUAUUCUAGAUGUGAAAGGGAUUGGAAUCUCUAGCUUCUCCAAACAAGCAAGAUAUCUGUUCUUGGAGUUUCAGAAGAUUGACAGCAAUUACUAUCCUGAUACUCUGAACAGCCUUUACAUUGUCAAUGCAGGGUCUGGUUUUCGCGCUCUUUGGAAGGCUCUGAAGACUUUUCUUGAUGCACAUACUGCUGCAAAGAUACAGGUUUUAGGGACUAACUUCAGAAGUAAACUCGUUGAGGCUAUCGAUCCAAGUAACUUGCCAAGUUUCCUUGGUGGAGAAUGCUUGUGUUCUGAUCAUGGUGGAUGUAUGUUAAGCGAUAAAGGACCAUGGAAUGAUCCGGAGAUUUUACAGCUGCUUAAGUCUAAUAAGAUUGAGGAGUAUUAUGAUGAUACAAUGAAAGUGGAACAAACCUGGUUGAGUGCUCAAAGUACACCAGAUUACAAAAACAAGCAAUUCACAAAGGAAGGAGAAGAUAAUGCACCAUUAUCAGAAACAAUAAAACAGCUGCAAAUCACAGCUGAUGAAGCAGAGAAAAGAUUUCGCGCUAUGGAAGCAGCACUUGGAGAGACUAAACAGGUGUUGCAAAGAUUUUCAGAACAAUUAAAAGGUCUGCAGUUGAAGUUGGUAAACACUGCAGAGUCGAAGACAAGUUGAAAUACAUAGUAGAUUAGAAUUAGUACUACUUAUAUCUUAGUUGUUAUUAUUCUUCUUGCAGUUGAUCAUAACAAAGUGUACUAUAUAUAGUCCAAAAUAAGUCACUAUUAAAAUUA